CCAUGAUGCACAGUCUUAUCUGAAAAUGAAAUGUCGGAAACGCUAUACCCAUGAGUCGUGCCCUUAAGGACAAGGAUCACGACCACGACCACCAUAACUUUUGAUCCUUAUAAAUUGGCAUACCCUUUGCUGCUGCUCUUUACCCAUCCAUUCUUCAAAUGGAAAAGCUCCAUGCUUCUGUGCUCGCCCUUGUAUUCCUUCUUGUCAUACUAUUUCAGGAAGGAUUGGUAACAUGUAUGAAGAAUGAAGACGGAUCAGAAGAAUGGGGAUAUGUGCAAGUUAGACCAAAAGCCCACUUGUUCUGGUGGCUUUACAGAAGUCCAUACAGAGUGGAGAAUCCCUCCAAGCCUUGGCCAAUCAUUCUCUGGCUUCAGGGAGGACCAGGCUCUUCAGGAGUUGGGUUUGGAAAUUUUGGAGAGGUUGGUCCUUUGGAUGCUAAUUUGAAGCCACGAAAUUUCACAUGGUUGAGAAAAGCAGAUCUCUUGUUUGUGGACAACCCAGUUGGAACCGGGUACAGUUACGUGGAGGAUUCCAAUCUCUAUGCCAAAACAGACGAAGAGGCAACCACAGACUUGACAACAUUGUUAGUUGAAUUAUACAACAAUGAUGCAAGUCUCCAAAAGAGUCCUCUGUUCAUUGUGGCAGAGUCUUAUGGUGGCAAAUUUGCUGUUGCUCUUGCAUUAUCGGCUCUCAAAGCUAUUCAACACGGAACGUUGAAGCUUACACUUGGAGGUGUGGUAUUAGGAGACACCUGGAUCUCCCCAGAAGAUUUUGUGUUUUCAUGGGGUCCUCUGCUUAAAGACCUAUCUAGAAUUGACGACAAUGGACUGCAAAAAGCAAACAGUAUAGCUGAGAGGAUCAAGCAGCAACUUGAGGCAGGUCAAUUUGUUGAUGCAACUUACUCAUGGGCUGAUCUUGAGAAUGAGAUUGCCGCUAGCAGCAACAAUGUGGAUUUCUAUAAUUUUCUACAAGAUUCAAAAAGUGAUUCGGACACCUUAAACGCAAUGGAGCUGGGAUUAUUCAAAGAAGUAUCAAUGAUGCGAUACUCCAAGUAUCUUAGUUCAAAGACUUCAUAUCUUGGCAGUGAGGAUGAUGAUCUUGAAAGAUUACUAAAUGGUGUCAUAAGGAAGAAGUUGAAGAUCAUUCCUGAGAAUGUUACGUAUGCAGUGCAGUCCUUGGAUGCUUUCGAAAGUCUAGUACCUGAUUUUAUGAAGCCAAGAAUUAGUGAGGUUGAUGAGCUGCUGGCUCUUGGGGUCAACGUGACUGUGUACAGUGGCCAAGUUGAUCUCAUUUGUGCAACCAAGGGGACUGAAGCUUGGCUUAAAAAACUCGAGUGGACAGGGCUUCAAAAUUUCUUGGAGAAAGACAGAACCCCCCUCUACUGUGGAAGUGACAAAACGACCAAAGGGUUUUUUAAGUCAUACAAAAACCUACAAUUCUAUUGGAUCCUUGGAGCUGGUCAUUUUGUACCUACUGACCAGCCCUGCGUAGCACUGGAUAUGGUGGGUGCAAUUACACAAUCACCAGCGGCUUGAGGAUAAUAUGCACCGAAUGAAAUAAAAUAUAAAAUUGUACAAUUAAAUAAACACUAAAAUAAAAUCAGCCAGAUAAUGGCUAUGAGGUUUAUAUUACGAGUUUUGUCGGGUAUAUUCAAUUUUUUUUUAAUUUGGGCAUAUCUAUGAUCUUAGGUGUAGCAAUCAUGAUAAGUAAUGACUAAAAUUAAGUUUGAACA